AGCCCGACCUGUCAAAGUUACGAAAACACCGCAACCGCGAUCGCGAGUUCGAGCUGAAAAAUUGCACGCAAAAAGUCUCCCGGAGGAGAGAGCAUGAUAAGAACCUGAAAUUUCACCGGCACCACAACACAACAGUAUCACUUUUCCCGAUGGCCGUCUCGUUUUGCGGCAAGCGCCUGCUGCUGACCCGGUCCAGCCUGCUGGCGGCCAACCCGCGCCGCCACGGUUACAUUGUGCUGGUUCCUGAGAUUGGCGAGGAUUUGCCGGAGCGGAAUCCGUUGACCAAGUCGGAGAAUGGGCUGCCGGAGUUUAACAGCGUGACGAUUGAGCGGUGCGUGGGCACGAUUGGCCAGCAGGCGAUCGGGGUGGAGAAGGGCCUGAAGGAGUUGGAGGCGAAAUUGGGUGCGGGUGGGGAGGGUGUGGAUGUAAUUCGGGACGUGCUGGUUCCGUUGGAGUUGACGGGGGCGCCGCUGGAGACGACGUGGGGGGUUGCGAAGACGCUGUACCUGGGGAACAGCUCGAAGAUGCCGACGAAGAGUUACAUGACGAUUCACGAGAGGGCGCGGAAUGCGCGGCGCGGGAAGUUUGUGAGCGUUCCGAUUUACGAGGCGUUGAAGGGGGCGGAUGUGGAGAAGUUGGGCCAGGAGGAGAAGCGGCUGGUGAGCAAGUAUUUGCUGGAGUCGAAGCUGAACGGGAUUGAGGUGGAUGAGCGGUCGAAGCAGGAGCUGCGGGAGGUGUUGGAGAAGUUGGCGCAGGAGCGGACAAAGUUCCACGGGAAGAGGGAGGUCGCGGUGAAGAAGUUUUCGCACGUGAUUAAGGAUCCGGCGUUGAUGGGGGAGUUUCCCUCGGGGGUGUUGCAGGCGCUGGCCGUUGAUCAGAGUCAAGUGGUGAAGGGACCGUGGAAGAUUACGCUGCAGCCGUUUGUGGUGCAGAACUUUUUGGAGUAUUGUCCGGAUCGGACGCAGCGCUGGAACCUGUGGCAGGCGGACACUCGCAAGUGCUCGAAUCACACGGACAAGGCGUUGGAGAAUAGUACGCAUUUGGAGGUGAUCCGUGGGUUGCGGAAGCGCCAGGCCAAACUGCUCGGUUACGAGAGCUUUGCGCACAUGUCCAUGGAGACGAAGAUGGUGGAAUCGAUUGAUUACCUCCGUGGAACGCUUUCCGAGCUGCUGCAGUACGCUCGACCCGCCCUGGACAACGAACUGGCAUCGCUCGAGGGAUUCGCCAAUGCGAACGGAUUCAAGGGCAAGCUGGACAUUUACGACGUUCCGUACUGGCGCCGGCGUCAACUGACCGACGUGCACCACUUUGACAAGGAAGCCCUGCGGGAGUACUUCCCGAUGCCAAAGGUCCAGCAAGGACUGUUCAACCUGGCCGAGUCCCUCUUCGACAUCAAAAUCGUCGAACGAACCUCCGGCGUGGACACGUGGCACGAGGACGUCAAAUUUUACGACAUUUUCGACGCCAAACACGGCACGGAACCGCUGGCCGGAUUCUACACGGAUUUGUACUCGCGCGAGGAGGAAAAGAUCUCCGUCGCGGGCAAUUCCGGCUGGAUGGUCGGAAUCGUCAACAAGAGUGUCGUCGCACAGGAAAAACCCCUCGCCGCACUAAUCUGCAACUUCCCAGCACCACUCUACGGCAAACCCUCUCUCCUCUCCCUCGACGACGUCCAGAUCCUGUUCCACAAGUUCGGCCACGCCCUGCAGCACCUCCUCACCGAGACCCACUACAGCGAACUGGCCGGCCUCUCCAACGUCGAAUGGGACGCCGUCGAAGUCUCCGGUCACGUCCUGACCCACCUCCUCCAAGACCCCGACGUAAUCCGCUCCAUCUCCUCGCACUACGGCACCGAACAACCCCUCCCGGAAGAGUGCAUCCUGGCCAUCCAAAAGCGCCACACGCACCUCGCCGGAUACUCCCUCUGCCGAGAACUCUACCACUCCAACCUGGACCUCGAGCUCCACCUAACCUCCGACUACUGGCUGGACAUCGUGAAAAAGCUCUACCCCCUGUUCCACCCCUUCCCCCUCGAUAAAAAAGACGCCCACCCAUGCUCGAUGACCCCCAUCUUCUCCGGCGACUGGGGCGCGGCCUAUUACAGCCGCCUCUGGUCCCGCCUGGUCGCCGCGGACGUCUAUUCCGCCUUUGCCGAGGCAAAAUCCAAGGGAGAUGCUCUGCCGGAGGCCGGGCGCCGAUUCCGCAGCACGUUCCUUGCCUCGGGCGGUGGGUGCCAUCCGGCGGAAGUGUUUCGGCAGUUCCGCGGGCGGGAUCCGUCCCCGAAGGCGCUGCUGCAGUUGUUGGGAAUUUACAAGCCCAUUCACGGAACGGGUGCGGCCAGUGGGGUCGGAGCGGCACCGAAAAAGGAGGAGUAGUGACUGUAGUCAGCGGGAAGAGAUUUGAAAAAGAUU